ACUGUCAUUGUUUUCAAAACGGUGGACAAUUUUUAAAAACAGAAAAAAGUCAUUUUUGAAAAAGUAAAACUCAAAAACGUUUAACAUGCGUUGAACGUUAAUGAGGUCUAGAGAUCAAACUUUGUUAGGAUAAAAAAACACACUUAUUAGCCACCCAUAUAAAUAGCAAUUCAUCAAGGGUAAACCCUAGCCCCUCUGACCUCACCAAGCAUUUGUUCACCGCGAGAACCCCUCCCCCUCUCUCUCUUUCAGCCCAAAUGGUGACGGUGAACGGUGAAGGUGUUCUAAUCUUUGUCUUCGAUGGUGAAGGGCUCUCCAUCAAGAUGGCCAAUGUGAAUGCUAGUCAGAACCUAGAUAAUACUGAUGUAAUGGAAAUUGAACUAACCAAAGUUGAUCAAUUGUGGCCUACUAAGAAUGAGACAAUUUUUAUUGAGUUAAUGGAUGAGCAAGUUGCUUUGAAAAAUUGGUCAACUACUGCUUUCACUCGAGAGUCAUGGAACUACAUGUUUUAA